CUCUCUGUGUGUGUGAGAGAGAGAGAAAAGGCGGGGAGGGAGGAAAGGAGACAACCGGGGCGGGGAAGGAGGCGGCGGCGGCGGCUUUCCGCGAGGCGGAGGACUGAGAGACGCUACCGAACAGGAAGCGCUGCCACCGAGCCAGGAGCCGCUCCGCGCUUCCCUCAGCAAGCGAGAAGAGGGCAAAGUCUGGGCUGGUGAGAGCGAGGAGGGGCGGCACCAGCGACCGGAUUCCUCCCUUCGGACCCCUCCGCCCCCUUACAAAUCCGCCGGGAACUCCGCGCGGCCCUCCCGCCGUGUAGCUCCUGGCUCCGGGAGCCCCGGAGGGCUGCUGAGGAGGAUGUCGGGCGGCGGCAGCGGCAGCCGGGAAGAGGAGCGGCGCAAGCUGGCCGACAUCAUCAACCACUGGAACGCGAACCGGCUGGACCUGUUCGAGAUCAGCCCCCCCACCGAGGAUCUGGAAUUCCAUGGAGUUAUGAGAUUUUAUUUUCAAGACAAAGCAGCUGGAAAUUUUGCAACAAAAUGUAUCCGUGUGUCUAGCACUGCUACAACUCAGGAUGUGAUAGAAACACUUGCGGAGAAAUUUCGGCCGGAUAUGCGGAUGUUAUCAUCCCCUAAAUACUCACUUUAUGAAGUGCACGUCAGUGGAGAAGAAAGAAGAUUGGAUAUAGACGAGAAACCUUUAGUUGUACAAUUAAAUUGGAACAAAGAUGAUCGAGAAGGAAGAUUUGUACUCAAGAAUGAAAAUGAUGCACUUCCUCCAAAGAAGGCUCAAAGCAAUGGCCCUGAAAAACAAGAGAAAGAAGGAGUGAUUCAGAACUUCAAACGGACUUUAUCAAAAAAAGAAAAGAAGGAAAAAAAGAGGCGGGAUAAAGAAGCAUCACGGCAAGCUUUAGAUGGUGAUGGGCUGUUUCAUGGGGAUGAUAUUGAGAAUUCUCGCCUUGCAGCAGAGGUCUACAAAGAUAUGCCUGAGACCAGUUUCACACGAACAAUAUCUAAUCCAGAGGUGGUAAUGAAACGACGGAGACAACAAAAGCUAGAAAAGAGAAUGCAAGAGUUCCGCAGCUCUGAUGGCAGACCAGAUUCAGGUGGUACAUUGAGGAUUUAUGCAGACAGUUUGAAACCAAAUAUACCAUACAAGACAAUCCUGCUAUCUACCACAGAUACAGCAGACUUUGCAGUUAUUGAAGCACUGGAGAAGUAUGGUCUCGAAAAGGAAAACCCCAAGGACUACUGUAUUGCUCGUGUCAUGCUUCCUCCUGGUGCUCAACAUUCUGAUGAUAAAGGUGCUAAAGAAUCUAUUCUUGAUGAUGAUGAGUGCCCACUUCAGAUAUUCAGGGAAUGGCCAAGUGACAAAGGGAUACUGGUCUUUCAGUUGAAAAGGCGACCACCAGAUUAUGUUCCAAAGAAGUUGAAGAAACAAUUUGAUGGAAAGCCAUUAAAGGGGAAGGAAAGAGUUGACGGGUCUGGUUAUGGCUCUUCCCUUCCUCCAGAGAAGCUACCUUAUCUGGUUGAACUAAGUCCCGGGAGAAGGAAUCACUUUGCCUACUUCAACUAUCACACUUACGAAGAUGGCUCUGACUCAAGAGAUAAACCAAAGCUCUAUCGUCUGCAGUUAAGUGUGACAGAAGUUGGUACAGAAAAAUUUGAUGACAACUCCAUACAGUUGUUUGGUCCAGGAAUUCAGCCUCAUCAUUGUGACCUCACUAAUAUGGAUGGAGUUGUUACAGUUACCCCAAGAAGCAUUGAUGCCGAGACUUAUGUAGAAGGUCAGCGGAUCUCAGAGACCACUAUGCUGCAAAGUGGUAUGAAGGUUCAGUUUGGGACCUCUCAUGUAUUUAAAUUUGUGGAUCCCAUUCAAGAUCACAUUCCUAAAGGACGUCUAGAUGCAGGACACAUGGUGAAAAGUUCACGACUCAAAGCCGGAGCUGUACAGGAAACUACAUUUGACUUGGAAGGAGAUGUCCAUAGUGGAACAGGAUUGCCUGCAAGCAAGAGUACCAACAGAUUGGACAGUGACAGAAUGUCAGCAUCCAGCACAGCUGAACGAGGCAUGGUCAAGCCAAUGAUCAGAAUAGAACAGCAGGAUUACCACAGGCAGGAUGGCAGACCUCAGGACGCACAUGGACCUGAAUUGAUAUUACCUGCAAGCAUUGAAUUCAGGGAAAGCUCUGAAGAUUCCUUUUUGUCUGCUAUUAUAAAUUACACCAAUAGCUCAACAGUUCAUUUUAAGCUGUCUCCUACAUAUGUUUUGUAUAUGGCAUGUCGGUAUGUAUUGUCGAACCAGUACAGACCUGACAUCAGUCCUGCUGAACGUACUCACAAAGUCAUUGCAAUAGUCAACAAGAUGGUGAGCAUGAUGGAAGGAGUUAUACAGGAGGUAGACCAGGUUGAUCAGAAACAAAAGAAUAUUGCAGGGUCACUUGCUUUCUGGAUGGCAAAUGCAUCUGAGCUGCUAAACUUCAUUAAGCAGGAUCGAGAGCUUAGCCGAAUCACCUUAGAUGCGCAAGAUGUUUUGGCACACCUAGUUCAAAUGGCAUUCAAAUAUUUGGUUCAUUGUCUUCAGUCAGAGCUUAACAACUACAUGCCUGCAUUUCUUGAUGAUCCAGAAGAAAAUAAUCCUCAAAGGCCUAAAAUAGAUGAUGUCUUGCAUACGCUGACUGGAGCCAUGUCCCUGCUGCGGCGAUGUAGAGUGAACGCCGCACUGACCAUACAGCUCUUUUCGCAGCUGUUCCACUUUAUCAACAUGUGGCUUUUUAACCGAUUGGUUACUGAUCCAGAUUCAGGAUUGUGUUCGCAUUACUGGGGAGCCAUCAUCCGGCAGCAGCUGGGGCACAUUGAAGCCUGGGCAGAAAAACAGGGCUUGGAGCUGGCUGCUGAUUGUCAUCUCAGUAGGAUAGUACAAGCAACUACUUUACUUACUAUGGAUAAGUAUUCACGUGAAGACAUUCCAAAUAUCAACAGUACCUGCUUUAAACUCAAUUCUCUACAACUGCAUGCAUUGCUACAAAAUUAUCAUUGUGCCCCAGAUGAGCCAUUUAUUCCAACAGAGUUAAUAGAAAAUGUUGUAGCGGUGGCAGAAAAUACUGCAGAUGAGCUGGCUCGAAGUGAUGGUAGAGAAGUACAGUUAGAAGAGGACCCUGAUCUACAGCUACCCUUUCUUUUGCCAGAAGAUGGUUACUCAUGUGAUGUUGUCAGAAAUAUCCCAAAUGGGCUGCAAGAAUUUUUAGAUCCACUUUGCCAAAGAGGUUUCUGCAGAUUGACACCUCAUCCACGUUCACCAGGAACUUGGACAAUAUAUUUUGAAGGUGCAGAUUAUGAAAGUCAUCUGUUGCAAGAUAAUGCUGACCUGGCUCAUCCCUUAAGGAAGGAACCUGAGAUAAUCACUGUGACACUAAAGAAACAAAAUGGGAUGGGUCUGAGCAUUGUGGCUGCUAAGGGCGCUGGUCAAGAUAAACUUGGAAUCUAUGUCAAGUCUGUGGUCAAAGGUGGUGCUGCAGAUGUGGAUGGCCGACUGGCUGCAGGGGAUCAGUUACUUAGUGUGGAUGGACGCAGUUUGGUUGGACUAUCCCAGGAGAGGGCAGCAGAGCUGAUGACAAGAACAGGAUCAGUAGUGACGCUAGAAGUAGCAAAACAAGGAGCAAUUUAUCAUGGUUUAGCAACUUUGCUUAACCAGCCGUCUCCAAUGAUGCAAAGAGUUUCAGACCGCCGUGGCUCAGGUAAACCCCGACCAAAGAGUGAAGGAUUUGAGCUAUAUAACAACUCCGCUCAGAAUGGAUCCCCUGAGAGCCCCCAGUUGCCUUGGACAGAAUAUAAUGAACCAAAGAAAUUGCCAGGGGAUGACAGACUGAUGAAAAAUCGAGCUGAUCACCGAUCUAGUCCCAAUGUAGCAAACCAGCCUCCAAGUCCUGGGACCAAGAAUGCAUAUGCAGCUGGAACCACUAACAAGAUAACAUCAGUGUCUACGGGAAAUCUUUGCACAGAGGAACAGAUACUACCACCCAGACCUGAAGCAUAUCCUAUCCCAACACAAACUUACACCAGAGAAUAUUUCACAUUCCCAGCCUCCAAAUCCCAGGAUCGAAUGGGUCCUGCUCAGAAUCAGUGGUCGAGUUAUGAAGAGAAACCCCAAAUUCCACCUGAAAGUAAUCAUUAUAUCAGUGUUGCAAUGCAGCGUGUAACUCGUUCUCAGGAGGAACUACGAGAUGAUAAAGUUUAUCAGCCAGAAAGGAGUCGACUAGAAGUUGCCAUACGAAAAGAUGUGGAAUAUAUUGAUCGCAAAUCAGACAGUGAUCCAUGGAUGAAUUCUUCUGUGGAUUCUAGCACAUCAAGCCAAGAGCAUCUAAACCAAUCCUCUAAAUCUAUUCCCCCUGGUUCUUCUUUAACCAAAACUGGACCUGGUCGCUGGAAAACUCCUAUUGUUUCUCAACCAGUAUCACUAGUGACUUCCCAGUCCACCAGAACAGACCUUCCUCCCCCUCCCCCUCCCCCACCAGUGCACUAUGCAACUGACUUUGAUGGGCUGCAAAUGGAUUUGCCUCUUCCGCCACCGCCGCCACCUCCAAGCCAGUUGGGGCCACAGUCGUCAUCUCAGGUUGCUGCUGCAGAACGCAAAAAGAGAGAAGAACAUCAAAGGUGGUAUGAAAAAGAGAAAGCCCGUUUAGAGGAAGAGCGAGACAGGAAGCGUCGGGAGCAGGAAAGAAAACUGGGGCAAAUGCGUUCUCAGCCACUAAUUCCUGCUCAGUCCCUACUUCCCCCAGUUUCAGUUCAGCAGGUGAAACCAGAAAAGCCUUCAACAUUGCAGAGAUCCCAGGAAACCGUCAUUAGAGAAUUGCAGCCCCAGCAGCAACCCCGAACCAUUGAGCGAAGAGAUCUGCAGUACAUCACCAUCAGCAAAGAAGAGUUGUCCUCUACUGAUAGCUUAUCUCCUGACCCUUGGAAACGAGAUGCGAAGGAGAAGCUGGAGAAGCAGCAGCAGAUGCACAUUGCAGACAUGCUGAGCAAAGAGAUUCAGGAUCUUCAAAAUAAGCCCGAUAGAACAGCUGAAGAGAAUGACCGCCUGCGGAAGCUCAUGCUGGAGUGGCAGUUCCAGAAACGACUCCAAGAGUCCAAGCAAAAAGAUGAUGAUGAGGACGAUGAAGAAGAUGAUGAUAUUGAUACUAUGCUGAUUAUGCAGCGACUGGAAGCUGAGAGAAGAGCAAGGCAGACUGCUAUGCCAGCAAUCUCUGUUCUAGAUUUGCUACAGGAUGAAGAGCGUAGACGGCAGCAACAGUUGGAAGAAAUGCGUAAAAGGGAAGCAGAAGACAGGGCCAGGCAAGAAGAAGAGCGCCGGCGCCAAGAGGAGGAGCGGACAAAGCGAGAGGCUGAACAAAAGAGGCGACAAGAAGAAGAAUAUUACAAUCGCUUGGAAGCUGAAAGGCGCCGUCAGCAUGAUGAGGCAGAACGGAGAUUGCUGGAGCCCGAUGAGCCUGGUCUGUACAGACCUCCGCUUCCACGGGAAUAUGAAUUCCCACCCUUGCCCCCUUCAUCUAAUGCUCCUCCUCCCCCACCUCAGCGAAACACCUCUUACCUCAAAACACAGGUCCUCUCCCCAGAUACGCUUUAUACUGCCAAGUUUGUUUCAUACAAUGAUGAGGAGGAGGAUUCCUGUCUAGCAGCAGGUCAGGAUAAGUACUCCAGUACAAGAAAGUCUUAUGGUGACCUUCCUCCUGCCAGCCUUAAGCCACAGCAGCCCUCACGCCAGCCACGCCCAGCCUCAGAUGGCAUAUUUCUUUCCAACUCAUUCCAGCCAUCCUCGGUCAAUGCCAACAGUACUGCUUUCAAAACGAGCCAGCCCCCUCCCCUACCAAACAAACCGAGUUUCAUCAAUCCCAGCAGCUCAAAAGGCUCAAACUACACUGGAUCUACUGGAGCAAUUGCAGGCCCACUUGAAGCCUUCCGGGACCUGAGAGAGAAAAAAGCAAAAAGUCAAGAUGCAGAUUUACCUGGUGCACCAGAAAACUUGACUUUUCGGGAACGUCAGAGACUCUUUUCCCAGGGUCAGGAUGUGUCCAACAAAGUUAAGGCAUCUAGGAAAUUAAUGGAAUUGGAAAAUGAAUUAAACACAAAAUAGGAUUAAAGGCACCUUAUGAAAUAUAAUCCGAAGAAUAUCUGUGGGACUAGGGAAGGGGCUGUUCAAGAAGGGAGAAGUGUCUUCUGACAAUUGAGAUGGAAUCUCAACAUCUGGAUGGUUGAGAUUUAGAUAUGUUGCAAUAGCAAGAAAAACAUUUCCCCCCCAAGAGCUUGUGUUUAUACAAUGAAAGCACUGUAAAAUGUAUUUUAAUUAUAUGAAUCAAGUGUCAUUAUGUCCUUUCUCCACACCCUUUCCUUUCUUUGAGGGUUUAACUACUUCUGCAAAGGUCCUGGAUCACACUUACUGAAGAAUUGUUGCUUCCUUGUCUUACAAAAAAUACUUUGUUAGUUGCUAAACAGAAAAAGUGGCUAUAGCUUGAACUGCCUAAACUAAACUCUGCACUGGCUUAUUGCACUCUAGAUUGUUUGAUUCAAAGUAUGAGGUGGUAAACAAACAGUAUACUUGCAUAUCACUGAAAACUUGUGGUUAGAUUCUGGAUUUCCUUGGAUAUUCUCUUGCAGUAAAAACAGAAUUGAAUACUCUGAAACUAAAAGGGCUGUGUUAGCACAUUUAAUCCUUAGACACAGAGUGAUACCUAUAUUCAUACAGUUUUGGGGACAUGAAAUACUUGACUUGAUUUAUAUUGGUGGCAGUCCAGUGAUGUGAUAAAACAUGCACCCUGGGUUUUCCAGCUCUUCUUCCUUCAUUCCUACACUUGAGCUGUAAACCACUUUUAAAACUUCAGUUGUGAAAUCCUUGAUAAGAGCUGAAGGAAGAGAUUGGUAAAAUAUAGAUGGACGCAUAGGAAUGGUGUGUGUGUGUGUGUGUGUGUGUGUGUACGUACGUGUAGAUUGAUAAAACAGUGUUUUAAAACUACGUAGAAAUUCCAGACUUAAGCAAUAGGGAAUAAGUUUCUUCUGGUAGCUCCCAUUGUAGCUAAGACAAAACCAAAGUUAAGAUGUUAAAAGGACUAGAAGAUUUCCAGUACUAAUAGAUAGCAUAUUAAGCACUACUUGCAGAGGGACAUGGUUACUAUGACUGUGAUGAGAAACAUGAAAGUAUUGUCUGCCAAAAAUAGUUUUACUGCAGUGGCCUGGCAGCACAUCACUUGUCCUUCAUGUUGAGAAGUGCUGGUCAAGCAGCCUUUGGUUUACUAGCAUCCUGUUUCUAUAUAUUGUAGAAAAUAUUGGCAGUUCAAGCUAUCUUUCACACUAAAUUGCAGCAUUAUUUAAUUUUUAAGCAGUUGAAAUCUUUUUUCCUCCCACUGUUCCUGUAUGGCUGAUGUUGAGAAUAAGGAGCUCAUUAGAGUUUGUUUCUCAUUGUGUGAUGUUUAAAACAAUAUAUUAUAUUGUGAUUCUAAGCAAAUUUUCUAUUUGAUAAAGCCCUUAAUUGGGUUUUAGAUGAUUUUUCUGUAUAAUAUGUUAUCUUAUAAAUAUAUAUUUAGGGAAUUAUGCGCACUUCCAAAUGCAGAGGGUAGACUUUCACUGCCUUAGAAAUCACUUUUAAUAAGAGUUGUAUGAUAAAUAAAUGCAAGUUAAUGAUAUUAAAAUUGGAGUGUAAAUAUUUUUUUUACAUAUUUCAGGUUUCUUAUUUGAAAGUGUGCUUUUACCGUUCACCUGUUAAAUAUGAAGUAGGAGAUUAAAUUGGUUGAAAGUGUUAAUGAAGGAUUUGCAUGCUUGCUAUAUCUGUUAAUCAGGAAAAGCAAGCCUCCCCCAAUUUAUCUUGAGAACACUAGAUAUUCUGUGGCUGGAAUACUGUUGCUGCUAGAACCUAAGCAAAGAAAUAUCACUUACCGUGGAGUGGAUUUGACUGCUACUGGGCAUUCAGGCCACAUGUGAAUAUGAGUAAAAGUGCUUUUCAUAACUGUCUGUGCAUUAUUAUGAAAAAAAGAAACAUCAAAACUGCUGUAGUUUCCCAUUUCUACUGUAUUUCACUUGCAACCUAUUUUUAAUAAACUUUGUAUUGUAUUUAACUUUGCACUGCA